UUAUGGGACUUUGAAUGUGGACACUGAGUAUAUUCUUGCGAUUCUAGGUUUAAAAAGUCCUUAUCUUUGUGUAAUCCUAUAUGUUCAUAUAUUUGAAACGUUGUGUCAAUAUAGUUCCUAUUUGAAUUCAAGAUCUGAAUCUGAUACAUUAUUUGUUGUUUUGGACUGAUAUACUUCGGUUCUUUCAAAGUUCAUCUAUAGCAGUUUGAGGGUUUCAGCGAGUGUUUAACGAUGACCAACAAUCCCAAGAUGCAGAACCCUUCCGAGAUGCUCGCAAACCUGAGGAACUCCUUCAACAGCGGCUUGACUAGACCGCUGAAAUUCCGAGAGAGACAGCUGAACAACAUAAUCAAACUAGUUGAGGAGAACACCAACCUCAUUCUGGAUGCUUUACGCGACGAUCUACACAAGAGCACCCAAGAGAGCAUGGUCUGCGAGAUUGAAAUUCUCAAGAAUGACGCCCUCAACAUGAUCCAUAACCUGUCGGAUUGGUCCAAACCCAGAUCAGUGGAGAAGGACUUGGUGAACAUAAUGGACAAAGUUCAAAUAUUGCCAGAACCGUAUGGAGUUGUUCUAGUUGUGGGUGCCUGGAACUACCCUCUGACCCUAGCUUUAUCCCCGCUUAUUGGUGCAAUAGCUGCCGGUAACUGCGUUAUAGUUAAACCAUCAGAAUUGUCACCAGCAACAGCUAAGAUUAUAGCUGAGCUAUUGCCCAAAUAUUUGGAUACCAACUGCUACAAAGUGUUUCUGGGAGGACCUGCAGAAACCCAACAGUUAUUGCAACAUAGAUUCGAUUAUAUCUUCUAUACCGGAUCCACUAGAGUUGGAGCUAUAGUUGCCCAAUGCGCAGCCAAGAAUUUAACACCCACAACCCUAGAACUAGGAGGUAAAAGCCCUUGCUACUUGGAUUCAACGGUUGAUAUGGACAUUGCGGCUGCAAGAAUCUUCUGGGGCAAAGCACUCAAUUCAGGGCAAACGUGCAUAGCACCAGAUUACGUUUUAUGUUCUCAGGAAGUCGAAAAAAAAUUUAUAGAAGCUUUCAAGAAGGCCCAGAAGACGCAGUUUGGCGAAGAUAUGAAAGAUUCGCCUGAUUAUUGCAGAAUAAUCAACAAUAAUCAUUUCAACAGACUCGUGGGACUUCUGGAGGGACAAGAAAUAGCCCAUGGGGGACACCACGAUGCCAGUCAGCGCUACAUCGAACCAACCAUUUGUGUCAACGUCGAUCCUAACAGUCCACUAAUGAAAGAUGAGAUAUUUGGACCUAUUUUGCCUAUCAUAAGGGUGAAUAACGCAGCUGAGGCUAUUUCUUUCAUUAACGCUAGGGAAAAACCACUGGCCCUUUAUGUUUUUUCCAAUGACAAGAGUCUGGUUAAUCUUUUCGAGGAGCAAACCUCCAGUGGUGGUGUUUGCGUCAAUGAUACCAUCAUGCAUUUCGCUUGCGACGCUCUACCGUUUGGAGGGGUUGGUAACAGUGGUUUGGGGGCAUAUCACGGAAAGUUCUCCUUCGAUACUUUCUCCCAUCAGAAGCCCAUUUUGGAGAAAUCGAUCGACAAAUUUGGAGAGAUGCUACAAAGUAUACGUUACGCGCCUUACAGCGAGGGAAAAAUAAAAGCGCUGAGCUUAUUGUCCAGAAAAAGAAAACUUCCAAUUCCUAGAGAAUACAUUUCACAUAUACUGUUGGUUGUUUUUGGUUUCUUUGUUUGUUAUUUAUAUUUCAUGAUUAUGGGCAAGCAUUGUUGAAUCCUCAGAAAUGAAAUGUUUUGAUUAAAAUAAGCGGAUGACCUGACUAAUAUAUCGAAUACGUGAUUAUGAAGGUUAUGGCGAAGAAACAGAAAGCAGUCACCACGGAUUGAAUAUAAUAAUUAACUGAUCGUUGAACAUAUUUAUGGAAAAGAAAUUUUCGUAUACUAAAGUACUUGUUUUUUAAUUCCAUACACAUUAGGAAUAUUUUAAUUAUAUGUAUAAGUAAAUAUAAUACGUGUUUCAAAC